AUGGCUUGUGCACAUGUGAAGCAGAGAAAAGACUCAAAAGAAACAACAGUAAAUAGCUUAUCACAACUUUGUAUCGAAUCAAAAACUGAUUUUAAUCUAAAUUCAAGCUCUCGUCUCUGUUUGUUGUGUCCAUCGCCAACAAUAACCGCUGCUAGUCGUACUAAUUUCUGUUUCGAUUUUCUACUUCGUUCGGCCGAUUAUCGUUUACAAAUAAUGCGUUUAUUUUGGUUAAAUUUUGCACAACUCGUCUUCAUUAUUUUGUUUUUCUUUUUACCAACAUUUUUACGCGCAAUUAACCAUUUUGAUUAUUCAAUGUUAUUGAAACCAAAGCCGACAUCUCACCCUUCAUCACAAUCACUGUUCGAUUUAUUUUCAUCUACAACAGAUAAUUUUACUACCGUCGAUAAUUUCUCCUAUCAUGAACAACAAUAUGAUCGUUAUUUGUAUUUUUCAACGAAUGAGCGUUUAAGAUUGCGAGAUGAAUCGAAGAAAAUGUUUGAGUUUGCUUACGAUAAUUAUAUGCAAUACGCAUUUCCGUUGGAUGAACUAGAUCCAAUUCAUUGUCGCGGAAGGGGACCCGAUGUCGAGAGACUUGACAAUAUAAAUAUUAACGAUGUGUUGGGAAAUUAUUCGCUAGGAUUGGUGGAUAGUUUAGAUACGUUAGCAGUUAUGGGAAAUGCCACAGAAUUUCAGCAUGCUGUUAAGCUUGUUAUUGAACACGUGCGAUUCGAUAGAAAUACCACGAUACAAGUAUUUGAAGCCACAAUAAGGGUACUUGGUGCACUGUUAUCCGCACAUUUACUUAUAAUUGAUCCUCUACAACCAUUUGGGGAUCUUGCUAUACCAAACUAUGCCAAUGAAUUACUCGAUUUAGCACAUGAUUUAGCCUCAAGGUUGCUACCGGCCUUCGAGAAUGUACCUCAUGGUCUACCUUAUCCUCGGGUAAAUCUGCUAACUGGUGUUGUAUCUGGCAUGAGAAACGAUACAUCGACAGCUGGUGCGGGAAGUCUGUCGUUAGAAUUCACAAUAUUAAGUCGAUUAGUUGGUGAUCCUAUAUUUGAACGUGUCGCGCGUCGUGCGGUCAAUUCUCUGUGGACAAGGCGCAAUCAAAUCACUGGAAAUGUCAUUGAUGUGGAAACUGGUGAAUGGAUAGGGCAGAGUUCGGGUCUCGGUGCUGGAAUCGAUUCAUUUUUUGAGUAUUUAUUAAAAAAUUAUAUAUUGUUCGGUGAGCAAGAGGACUUGAACAUGUUUGAUGACGCGUACCAAGCAAUUUAUGCUCACAUGCGGAAGGGUCGAGUGAAUUGUAAAGAAGGCGUGGGUCUCCAUCCAAUGUAUGUGAAUGUAAACAUGCACACCGGAGCUGUAUCAACAACUUGGAUUGAUUCUCUGCAAGCAUCAUUUUCUGCCGUUCAAGUUCUGCUUGGAGAUAUUGACGAAGCAAUAUGUAUGCACGCCCUUUAUUACAGUAUUUGGCGAAAAUUUGGUGUUUUACCAGAAAGAUUCAACUGGCACGUGAAAAUGCCGGAUGUUAAUUUUUAUCCAUUGAGACCAGAAUUUGUCGAAGCAACAUAUUUUCUUUAUCAAGCAACAAAAAAUCCGUUUUAUCUGCAUGUUGGCCGUGAUAUUAUAGAAAAUCUGAACUAUUACACAAAAGUCAAAUGUGGAUAUGCAACCGUGCAUGAUGUAAACGAUAAAACAUUGGAAGAUCGAAUGGAGAGUUUUUUCUUAAGUGAAACAUGCAAAUAUUUGUAUUUGCUCUUUGAUGAAGACAAUUAUUUGAACAAACAAGGUGCUAAUCAUUAUAUAUUCACAACCGAAGCUCAUAUCAUACCGUUAAUGUCAAAAUUACGGAAAAAGGUUUGGGAAAAUGAUGGAUUUUCUAGUCCUACAUCGCCUGCUAAUGAGAAUGUAUUCGUUUCGUCCGACAACUGCGAAACGAAGAAGAAUGUUUCUAAUAAUAAAAAGAAACGAAAAUCAACCAAAACUAGUAUGAAAAACGAGAUAAUACAGAUUCAUCUCGGUGAAUCGACGACAAAAAAACCAGUGACUGUGAUAACCAACGUUAUUACAAACAAUACGAGAAAAGUUAAUGAAUCCAGUUGUCGUUCUCGGCCAAUUGAACGUCAUACAUUACCUUUGAGUGCUGCACUUUUAUUCCAAUUGGAUGAAAUGGUUGGAGUGUAUCCUCCUCGAUAA